AUGGCGAGUGUGAGCUCUCUUUUGUCAUUGGAAGGAGCAGAAAGUUACCUUCGCCAAGCGACACCACAAGGCCAUAGUGUGCUGGAACAUGUUGCGGAAGUUUUGUCGACCCUUCUAGCCCAGCGGCCGCCAGACCCAUACGAUGCAUUUGAACUUGUCUCCGAGUAUGUAAAGAAACAGCGAGAUAUUAAACACCAAGCGGUAGAGCAACCACAAACCACUGAUGAGGAACCGAGGCUCGCCGAUGUACAGGCGAAGUGGCUGAAGCUAACAAGAAAAAGCCUGAAGCUAGCAGCUCCACAAGAAGAUGGUGGCGACAAGGGCUUCGCGUAUGCUCCAGAUUUCAUGCUAGAGAAUCGCUUACUCGGCUGGGCGGGAUACGGUUUUUCUGAAAGAGAGGCAUUCCGAAUCUCGUGUUCCCUGAAGCGUCUGGCUGCUGACACACCAGGGCUUCUAAGUAUUCGUUUCUGGGGAAAGAUUUUGGGGAUUCAGAACGACUAUUGGAUUGCCGAAGGGCAACUGGAGGGGGAGGAGGCUGUACGAGAAGCAGGCGAAGGUGACGAUGAGGAACCAGAUCCCCGAGGACUUGGAGCCAACAAAUAUACGUACUGGGUUCUACGAGAGCCGGAGGGAAGCGGCGAAUGGGAGGCGCUGCCUGAUUUGCUCCCUUCUCAUAUCAGGACAGCUCGGCGGCUCAAAAAGCUGUUCACGGGUGAUCUGGAUCACCCGGUUAUCACCUUCCCUUGGUUCUCGGGGAAGGAACGACAUUUACUUCGAGCGACAAUUGCUCAAAUCAAUGCAGAAACUCUUAUCUGUCCAGCGGGGCUCUGGCGGCCGAAAGAAGAGGAGCCAACACAAGUCGAGGAGGACCCGGAAUUCGAGUACCCAUCUGCACGAGAAUUGCUAUCCUUGGACGCGUGGACUCAUGCACGUGAGUAUAUAAACGAGGCAGGACUAACGGCUUUUCCCGAAGUAGACGAGGAGGCUGAUGAGGAACGCUAUGCGAAAAUCCAGGCCCAAAUGGAACGAGAUCCAAUUCUUGAGACAACGCGACCAAUUGUUGACGAUCCUGCAUUACCAGGGGGACAGUUGCCGUGGACGUGCAAGCUGGCAGGAGAUUGCGCUAGCUACGGGCCAGAUGGAAUCUCCUAUGCAGUUGUUGUGAUAAAGAACCUUCGUUGGCCUGGUGCUGUAACCGUUUAUCAGAACAAGAAGCUCACGAGCGUGUAUAUUGGUUACGGUAUCCAGGCUGGCCUAAAUCCGUUUUUCCCUGUUGCUCCGGAAGAUGUGCAAGACGAUCCCGAAGAUCUUGAGGAGCAACCUGAGCCACAGCCGCAGGAUGACGAGCUUUCCGAUGGAGCGAGUCAAGAAAACGAUGAAGAGAAUGGAGAAGCCGAGGAAGAUGGGGAAGAGAACUAA